AUGACUGACACACCUGAGGAAUCUUCAAAAAGCAAAAUGAAAAAACCAGCUAAUACAACUGAUGUGUCGGAUAGUUCUAACUCACUUCCUAAUACUGAUAAAUCUUUGUCAUCUGGACAAUUCCCAAACGGGAUUAAUGAGAAACUUUUAAAGCAACUCACCAACGUCAUGUUGGUCUCUGGAUCUGGUAGUUCUAGUGGUGUGACAGAAAAGAAGUCUAAAAAUGACUAUCGAUUCUGGAGAACACAGCCAGUUCCUGACCUCACUGAAGAGAUUACUGACAACGGUCCAAUUGAACCAGAUUCAAAACAUGAAGAUAUCCGCUCACAGCCUUAUACAUUACCCGAAGGAUUUUAUUGGUGUGAAGUUUCUUUGGAUGAUGAAACUGAGCUACAAGAAUUGUAUGAUCUUCUGUAUGAAAAUUAUGUUGAAGACGAUGAUCAUCUCUUCCGAUUUGAUUAUUCCAAGCAUUUCUUACAGUGGAUCUUAAAGUCACCUGGUUGGCAUAAAGAUUGGCAUGUUGGACUUCGUGUAACUAAAAGUAAAAAACUGAUAUAUGAUAAAGCAAAACAGCUGGUUGAAGUCAACUAUCUUUGUGUCCAUAAAAAAUUACGUUCUAAACGUAUGGCCCCUGUACUGAUUCGAGAAGUAACUCGUCGUGUUCAUCUACGUGGGAGAUUUCAGGCUUUGUUUACGAGUGGAACUUUACUUCCAAAACCAGUCAGCAAAUGUCGAUAUUGGCAUCGUCCUCUCAAUCCACGUAAACUUCUUGAAUGUGGAUUUUCACAUCUUACUCACAACAUGACUCUUCAACGAACAAUUAAACUAUACAGAUUACCUGAAGCUCCUCUUGUCAAAGGUUUUCGUCAAAUGACAAAAAAAGAUGUUCCCAAAGCAUGGCCUUUAUUAUCUGAGUACUUGGAAAAGUUUAAUAUUCAUCCAAUUUUUACAAAAGAAGAAUUUCAGCAUUUCUUUGUUCCUCGAGAUGAUGUUGUGUAUUCUUUCAUAGUUGAGAAUGGAGAUGGGCAAAUCACAGACUUCUGUUCGUUCUAUGUCCUUCCCAGUUCAGUCAUGAAAAGCAAACAACACAAUAGCCUUCGCGCGGCCUACUCAUUUUACAAUGUUUCUACGGUAACACCAUGGCCUGCAUUAAUUCAAGAUAUGUUGAUUUCAGCCAAACAAUUAAAGUUUGACGUAUUCAAUGCUUUGGAUCUAAUGGAGAAUGGAAAGUUCCUGGAAGAGUUAAAAUUCGGCAUUGGAGACGGUGAUCUACAUUAUUAUUUGUAUAACUGGCGUUGUCCAUUCACUAAGCCCUCUGAGAUUGGAAUAGUAUUACAAUAA